UUAGUUGAUGGCAUGAUUUCACAAGAUGAAGUCUUUCACAGCAGUUGCGGUAGUUGCGCUGGCGCUUAUUGCCUUCGUGUCAUCCAAGCAUAUCGAGUCCAAAUAUGCUGACAAGGACUUUCUAGUCCAACAAAAGUUUGUGCUGGAAAUGCUCCAACACAUCUACCAAGAUGAUGUGUUCGUCGCUAAGUACGAUGACAGCUGGUACAGCUACAAACCUUGGGAGCAUGUAGACCACUACAACCAUGUCGACUUAUUGAAGGGAUUCUUUGAGUUAUGGCAACACAAGCCAAUGUAUGAUGAUGAAAUCUUUACUGUAUUCUAUGAUCGUCAUGAAGAAUAUGCACUUGGUUUGAGCCGCUUGUUCUUCUUUGCCAAGGAUUGGGAAACUUUCACUCAUGCCGUAUUUUGGGCUCGUACUCAUGUCAACAAACAAUUGUUCAUUUAUGCUUUCACAACAGCCAGUCUUUUCCGUCCUGACAUGGAGGGUAUUGUUUUCCCAGCUGUUUAUGAAAUUCAUCCAUGGCACUUCUUCGAUGCUGAUACAUUGGAAUGGGCCGAAAAAUAUAGAAUGCAUGGUUUCCAUAACGUUAAGAAAUUGGACAAUAUGUACCAUGUAGUGAUCAAAUCAAACUACUCAAAUCACUACGGCGAUGUGAACUACGAUCACAAUAUGGCCUAUUUCCUGGAAGAUGUUGGCUUAAAUGCUUUCUACUAUUAUUCCAACCUCGACUAUCCAUUCUGGACCAAAGGACCUGAAGGCCGUGAAUUAAACAAGGAUCGCCGUGGUGAGUUUUAUUUGUACAUACACAUGCAACUCUUGGCACGCUACUACUUGGAACGUUUAUCUCAUGACUUGGGUGAAAUACCACAAUUCAAUAUGUAUGAACAUGUUGACUCUGGAUAUUUCAGUGGUUUACACUACUACCGUGGUGUGAGCUUCCCUGAUCGUGACAAUCAUUACAACUUCUACAGCCCGGAAAAUCUAGAAUAUAUCAGAGAAACUGAAGUUUAUAUUCAUCGCAUUAUGGAAUUCAUUGACAAAAAUAAAAAGUACGACAUCGAUGUUGUGAAUACUUUGGGCAACAUUAUUCAAGGUAAUGAAGACAGCAUUGAUACAGUAUUCUAUGGUAGCAUCGAUAAUUUGUAUCGCCAUAUUGUAAACGAAGGUCGUCCAUAUGGCAAAUAUUACGAAACUUUGCCAAGCACAUUCAUGCACUACGAGACUUCAGUGCGCGAUCCACUUUUCUGGGAGGUUUACAAAGAAAUCACCCAUUUCUACUGGCAUUUAGUGGAACACUUCCCUGAAUAUACAUACAAAGACUUUGCUUUCGAAGGUGUCAAGAUUGACAACGUACAUGUACCAGAGAGCUUAACCACCUUCUUUGAAUACUUUGAUUCUGACAUCAGUAAUGCGGUUAAUGUUGAAGUACCACAAGACACCACUCAUGAUGUACUCUACAAUUUCGGACGUAAUUCCCACUAUGACGGACAUGGCUUUGUAAUUAAAGCUCGCCAAUUCCGUUUGAAUCACAAACCUUUCGAAUUCCAAUUGGAUGUUACCUCCGACAAAGAGCAACACGCCGUUGUGAAGAUAUUCAUUGGUCCAAAAUACGAUGAAAAUGGUAAAUACAUUCAUUUGGAAGAUAACUAUAUGAACUUUGUGGAAUUGGAUCACUUCGUUGUUGAUUUGGUUGCCGGCAGCAAUGUUGUCAAGCGCAACUCUAUUGAGUUCAGCUGGUUCGUUAACGAUAGAACUACAUACUUGGAACUCUACCAAAAGGUGAUGGAUGCCACCCACGGUGAAUACAAAUUCCCAUUGAACCAAGUUGAAGCUCACUGCGGUGUUCCACAGAGACUUAUGAUACCAAAGGGCAAGAAGGGCGGUAUGCCAUACCAAUUCUUCUUCAUGGUUUAUCCAUUCCAUGAACCAGCUGUCAAGCAACACACUGGCUACAAUCAUGUUGUCAGCUGUGGUGUUGGUUCUGGUGCUAGAUUCGUAGAUGCCCUGCCAUUCGGUUUCCCAUUCAACCGUCCAGUCAAACAUGAUUACUACUUCAAUGUUGACAACUUCAAAUUCCACGAUGUUAAGAUCUACCACAAGGACGACACAACAAAUGUUGUUUAAGUUUCUUUAUAGAAUUACAUAUUUUCCGACUGUUAUUUAUAAAUUAAAUUGCAUCUUAUGUUUGUUGAGAAAAGUUAAUAAAAAACUCGUUUAUAAGUGAGUUAUCCGGAUCUUUGUAUCAAGUAGGAAAUUAACGUAGAUAUUUUGUCAGAAGCAACAACUGCCACUCUUGUGAAUCAAAACAAACCGACUUAUUAAUAAAAUGUAAAUUAAAUUAUAAAACGAAA